GGUCGUUUCACUAUCGCUGAGGUUCACGCCAACGGCAGACCAUCGACACCCCAUCCAGUUGGCUAUGUGACACCGAACGGAACGGUGGCUAAUAGUUUCGUUGAAGCUCUAUUGGAAAUACUUAUUUAGGCAGGAAAACUACAUCACGCGCCGCAUAAACUCAAAAAUUCUGGCUAAAAUAUUUUUGGAUACUCUAUUCAGUUAACGGCUACACAUGGAGCAGUUGCAGGAGAAAGACUCAAUCACGGGCUAAGUGAGUUCAUCAUAUUUUGAACUGAAGGGUGUCCGGGCCCCGACUGGGCGUGGCGACGCCCUCGGUGCGACGGCGCCAACGUGGCGAUUGUGGGGGGGCCAUCGGUGCCCCAGAGAGGCGGAGGUGUCUCUGGGCAGACAUCCGGGGCCACCACUAGUGGCACUCCGGCAAAUCCAAAUGAUAACUCUACCACCCCAAAUAGUGGGGUGCCCGCCUCCGCCUGGUACUUCUGGUCAGCGCUUGCUAUGGCCUCGUUCUCACUUGUCGCACUCACUGUUGUUAUGGUGCUUUGCUGCCGUCGACAGAAACGCUUACUCAUACUUAAGAUGGGUCACCACUUACCCAAAACCCCACUUAAAACUACCGUUCAAAACGCAACGGGAAUUAUUCAACCUGACGUGAUGUUCUAUUCUGGUGGUCGGAACGAGACUUGUAAAAGAAUUCAUAACAGCUACAGCGGGACGGUCGCAACGACGAUUGGCACCUGCGAGCAGGGUCUACUUCCUGCCACGCUAUUAGGAACAGCAGCGAGUCCUGCGCAUAGUCUAAUGGCAGUGAUACCGCCAACAAUGGUUUUGCCCACUCCACUUCGACCGCUUUGCCCAGCCUAUCAGGCUAGCCAGCCAGUCCAGCUCAAGAGUUCCGGGUAUUUGGGUACAUUGAGUGAAGAACUAGCGCUACCCCCGGGUUACCUUCAACAUCGACUCAAGCUUCAAAAUCAUCAAAUGACACCUGUGUACUCGUCAUAGCAGCAGCAACAACAACAAUAACGCUUCUAGUAAUAAAUCAACAGAAAAAUGAGUCCAGUAGAAAUUCUGCUUAUAAGUAUAGAAUACAAGAAAUUUCGUUGGUAGCUAACAUCAGGUUUCAUGCAGGCGUCUUUUUUUCCAUAUAUGCGUUUAACAUAAUCUCUUAGACUUAUUGCUUAUUAAGGUAUUAUGCUGUAAUUUGUGUAUGAUUAAUUUCGGCCUAAUUUGCCUGAAGAUAUCAUUCCACUAGAGUAAAAGCAUCAGCAACAGUUACCUGCAAGUACACUAUUCAGUUGCCAUCAACUCUAAUUGCCUACACAACGUUGAUUCAUUAGCUUGCUGACUUCUGAGAAUAAAAAUAGAAAGAGGAUCAAUUCUUAAACGUCAGAUUCUGUCCAUCGUGAUAGCAAUGUCACGUGAAAUGAUCGUAAAGGACUAUGCCGUUGGAUGCAUUAAACGUGUGGUAUUAAACAUCUGUAUAUAUGUGAUUUAAAACUUCAAUGUCAUAAUAUUGUUUAAGGAAAAUGCAGUGAUAAUUAAAAACGAUAUUAUUCGACUCUACAAUCGUUAAAACAAGAUAUUAUUUAAACCAAUUAAGCCGGCAAAAUAUCGCUUGUAUCGAUUGCACGUUAUCAUCAUUAUGCACUAAUUAAUUCAGCAAUGCACGUAAUAUGGACCCGUUGAACACAUUCAUAGAAACAACCGUUGUCAGGGGGUGGAACUACCAAUUGUUGAGAGUUUUGUUUGCAGCCUUUUGAUCUCUCGGUCGAAACGAAACAGAAGUGACUAAAAGCAAAUAUGUCUCCAUUCUCACUGACACACAUAUGAUGACACAGUGUUUAGGCAUAGAAUGCUAUCGUGAGAACUUGAAGAGUGCUUACUGUUUUUGUAUAAAACGCAUCAUGGAAGUAUGUUGAGACAAACGUGUGUACAAUAACGAACGGAAACGUUUGGGCUGAAAGCAAACCCACAAUAUAUUAAUAUGAUCACAUCCUAACUAUACAGACGUAUGCAUCGAAUAUGUAUGGUUUCCAAUGCUACGACAUCUUUUAAGUCAGUACUAUCAACAAACGUCGUGUGAUUCUUCGAAUGUAUGCCCUCAUGUGCGAAGACAUAGGCUUCAAAUUAAUCGAUUUAAAAAGGAAUGACCUUCACAAAAAUAAAACUUUUCUACUAGCGGUAGAAUAAUAGGGAAACAUAUAUUAUAGGAGGUGUACGAAAACCAAAUAAACCGCUUGGCAUGAAUAUAUUUUGAGCAAAACCAAACCUAUGUACUAUACAAGAGCUUUUCGUUGUAUGUCAUGUUUAUAUACCUGCAGUUUAUUUAAUAAACACAGUUAACUCAAUAUAUGCCUCGACAAUGCCGAGCAAUUUAGAAUAGCAAAUAAUAUGUGGAAACAUAUGCGAAAAAGUGUUAUUGAAUUUAUGUCAGGGUCAUUUGUUACGCAAACGAAAUAAAGAUACAUGUAUAUUCACCGUAAUUUAUACUAAGCAGCAAUUUGUUUUUUUCACUGAUUUUUAAAUGACAAACACUUUUUUACUUCUCGUAUUAAAAAAAUAAAACUAAUUAAACUGCCAAGAAACUCAAGCUACCAUGAAUUAUUCCUCCUUUUGCUUUAACGAACGAAUAAUUUUCCACAUUCGUUGCCACUAAAGAGUGCUUCAAAAAUAUCUACUUGGUUUUUUAGGGGUGCUGGAACUAGUUUUCGUUCUCCCGAGUGACGUUAGGCUAGUUAAGGUCACUUUGUGAUCAAUGCUUAGUCAUAUUACCCCUAACGGCGCAGAGAAAUAAUCUUCUGCGUCUCUUUUUCUUCUAGAAUAAUCCUCUCUAAAGAUCUCGUUAGCAUUUGAACUAUAUAGUUACGUCCUUGCCCCUUGGACGAGGUUCUCAUUAAAUAAAGACUCGACCGAUUACAGAUCUGAAGCCCAAAUUGCUAUCUCUAUAGGCAGAUAAAGCGCUUGCUAGUUCGGUCAAAACAUCCUAUUGAUAACAAAAAACUAUAGAGCCUGAUUUAAACGCCGCUAAUUUCUACGAGGAUAAAUUGCUAAAGCCGUAUUUUCAGAAUAGACGGACCGCUCUUCGGGACUGUAUCUUCCUCAUGUUUUCCUUGACAAGUCAAUUUCGAAGUUGAUUUCAAGUGCCUAUUGUUUUAAACGAUGGAUUUAGAACAUGCCGGUAAGCUUCCUGAGAUUAUCACAGCGUUUGUAAAUAUAAACGACAACAUCAGUACAUUCACGCCUACAGUGCAAUACAUGUAAAGUUCAUUCAGCUCGCCAUAUUUUACCAAUUUGACACUUAGUCCACUUAGACAAAGCGAAUUUAGACCUGACAAUACGGCGAUAUAGAAGCUUGAUAGUAUAGGCACAUCAUAUAUUACACAUCACAUUGAUCAGUACGAAUUAAAUCCUUUUUCGCGUUAUGGACUAUAUCCAUUCGAUGCGCCUCUGUUGUUUUUAGACACGUUUUCUGAUGUGCGGAAAAGAGUUAAUGCGGACUGUUUGAUAGCGCUUAUUACCUUACUUGCUUUUAUUCGUACUAUUAAUAUAGUUUAUUAACAUUUGCUUCUGUCAUAUAUAAAGCAUGAUGUUAAUAUCUUUUACAUAUUUUUGUUAAAAUCUACUGAAAAAACUUUUGUUAAAAAAAUUGGUGUACAUAUAGC